GCAUGAAGUAUAAAUUGUGUCAUGCUUCUUGCCCAGACGUACAUUACUACAUUUUGGAUUAGAAAGCCAAGAGUUUGCAGAAACGUCGCUUCAAAUCGAUCCAACAAUGCCAGUCAAAGCUGUAUGCGUUCUUAGAGGUGAUAAGGUCAAAGGAACGAUAAAUUUUGUGCAAGAGAAGCCUGAUGGUGAUUGUGUCGUGACAGGUUCUGUUGAGGGCCUUUCAGAAGGGAAACAUGGUUUUCAUAUUCACGAAUUUGGCGACUACACAAAUGGAUGUACAAGUGCUGGUAGUCAUUUCAACCCUUUUAAGAAGAACCACGGUGGUCCGGACGACACAGAGAGGCACGUUGGUGACCUUGGAAAUAUUGUAGCAGAUGCCAGUGGCCUUGCAAAAAUUGACAUGAAGGAUAGUCUUGUAAAGCUUAGUGGAGAAUAUUCCGUUAUUGGACGCUCAAUUGUGGUGCAUGAGGGUGUUGACGAUCUUGGCAAAGGAGGACAUGAAGACAGUCUAACAACAGGUCAUGCUGGAGGCCGUCUGGGCUGUGGUGUGAUUGGAAUUGCAAAGUAAAAAACCAAAUGCUAACUUCUUUGCUAUUGUUGAAAUUGUAGUGCACAGUGCUUGCUAGUUAGGAAGAUGCGAACGAUACUGUGUUCCAUAUAUGCAUAGAGAAAAUGUUAGUUUAAGGUAAAUAAACUUAGUCAAUAAAAUGUAAAAUAUCA